AUGGCAGCAGACACGAUAUCAAACAUCGCAAACAAGGUGCAGACAGCACCGUCAGUCUUGUCAUUUUUAGCCAUUGGUAUUGCGCAAGGUCUUACUGUUUCUAUCCUUCAGGGGAUCGUCGUGGUACACUGGUAUGAAUGGAUUACGCCGAGAAUCAUCCAAGUAGGAGCCGGAUAUGACAUACCGGCCAACUUGGCAAUUUUCAUCUUUGGGUUUCUAUUCCAGCUGGGCUUCAUGGUCGAUUCCAUCCGUCUCAAGAGCACGGCCCAGGCUAUGCUCACAUGUGUGCUCAAUGCCGGCUUCUUGCCCUUGGCCAUCUACCAGUCGACGGAAAUGAAGGGGAGGAUCGAACAGUUGAAGGGCUCCGUGGAUUCGAACCUUCAACCGCUGGUUCACCUGGAGAUACCUAUCUGGGAGCAAAUCGGAGGCAUGUUGAAAGCUAUGCCUUUUAUUGUCGGUAUCUGCACAGGGCUGUUGGUUAUCUCUGUCUGGUAUCUGAAGCAGUACUUUGACUGGCAGGCAUAUCGCAAUGUGGGCGCGGAUGCCAAGUUGAGAAGGAUACGCACCAUCCAUCAGAUCUUUGUCAUGCUUGCAAAAGUAGACAUAUACUUUAUUGUGUCCUUCGAAGUGUACUUCGGAGUAACUGAACUUCGCGGCCAAGGAACCGAAUUCGCCAUCCGCAUGUCCGUCCUCGCCGUGGCCGUCAUCAUCACCUGCCUAUCCAUAGUAUGGAGCAAGUCAGAGAACCGUAUCGGCAUGGUCGUAUCUAUCGUUGCUUUCCUUGCCAUGAUUGGUUAUAUCAUCUACAUGGUGGUCCUGUCCGUGAUGGGGAAGCGUUUCGCUUCUUUUGUUAGCAUUUCGAAUUGCUAUGCUGCCAUGUCCAUCGGUUUCCUUUUCUUCACUACUAUCUUUGCGAUUUUGUGUCUGAGGAAUUUCUAUGGCGGGUUGAAGGAGCAUCUGGAGAAGCAUGAGGAGGGCGGUACUUUGGCGCCGUCGGUCAAGAACUUUGAGAUGGAUAGUAGUGUUAGUUUCGAGUAUCAGAGUGUGAGGAGCAUUAGGGAUUUAGAUAGUUAA